UGAAAGUCGGAUACUUACAUUUCCCAAAAAAUAAUUGUUGACUAAACUGGCAAACAGUUGAGGUACAACAGGUACCAUACCUAUUAUUAACAACGAUGGAAUUAUUUCGUACCACAUUUUUAUCGAAUUCUCCGUAAAGUCGCUAAUGUAGUUGAUGAUUACUUGCACAACAUUCCUUUUCGUAGUGAGAAAUGGUGAGAAAUAGGUGCAGUCUCAAAUGUGCGCAAGCGUAAUAUACAUAACCUUUAUGUUCAUAAAUAUAUAUACAUCUGUCCUUUUUAAUCGUACAGUUAUACUCACUUUCCGUAUUUAAAAUGAGAUGGUUGCAUAUAUAUGAGAUUUGGCGCAAUGGAGAGAGAACGAGAGAAACAUUGAAGAAUACUCAGUUACCGAAGAUGUUGUUGAGAAUAUAUUCCGUGUUCGUCCUAACGAUGGAUCUCGUGAUGCUCUUUAUCAAAAUAUGCUACAUAAUCUUGACUUCAAUUUAUAGAAUUUUUAGACCAAAGCCGCUGAAAAAUCUCUAUGGUGAAGUUGCUAUGGUUGUAGGUGCAGGAAGUGGAGUAGGUAGGGAACUCGCUUUACAUUUGUGUCAACUUGGUGUCACAGUUGCUUGUGUGGAUAUUAAUGUUGAUAGUUGCAAUGCUACUGUACAACGUGCCCUACAGUUACAUGGGAAAUGCAAAAGAUACCAAUGUGAUGUGAGGAACAAUAAUGCGGUUAUUGAUACAGUAAAUCUUAUUAAAGACCAAUUAGGAGAUAUUACAAUGCUCUUUCAUUGCUGUGGAUUGCCUAGUCCACGUGCAUUGAUAGAGGAACCGCUAGGUAUAAGUGCUACUAUGGACUUAUCUGUCAUUAGUUAUUUUUGGUUAUUAGAUGCAGUUUUGCCAUGUAUGCAACGUGCUGGUAGAGGACACAUUACAAUUUUAUCUUCUGUGGCUGGACUUUCCAGUGGAGCCAGUGGUAGGAGUAGAAUCCCAUUAUCGACUGCACAAUUUGCAGUUCAAGGAUUAGCUGAAUCCUUGCUUAUGGAUUUAAGGCAUUUAUAUAAAAAUAUCGUUGUUACAUUAAUCCAUAUUUAUCCAUUCAUCAUUGGAACAGAAGUAGUCAAAGAUAUACGUUUUAGAUUGCCAAGUUAUUUUGGUACAAUAUCUGCUGCAGAAGCUGCUAGACAAAUUUUAAAUGGCGUCCGCCGGAAUUACGCAGAAUGUAGCGUGCCAGGAUAUUUACUUUAUCUUGGACAUAUACUUAGAAUUCUCCCAAAAGAGGCAUCGAUUAUGUUGCGAGAAAUGUUAGAUACUGGAGUUGAUUUUGCAUAACUAUAUUACAUGUAAUUAUCUUGCCAAUUAUGUAUACACAUAUAUAUAUGCAUAUAAGGAAAUUAGGAAUUUUUCGAAAGAUUAUCCUAACUAUUCUUGCAAUAUUUCUUCUACAUAAUUUUUCAGCAUUGUUGAUACUUUUAAUAUUUAUGUAAGAUCGUGAUUUGUGUACAAUACAAAUUUUUCUUUGCUCAUUUUUA